GCUCUCGCGGACUGUGCCAUGGCGGCCUUCAGCAAGUACCUGACGGUGCGAAACUCUUCCCUGGCGGGGGCCGCCUUUCUGCUGCUCUGCCUGCUGCACAAGCGGCGCCGCGCCCUCGGCCUGCACGGUAAGAAGAAUGGAAAGCCAUCAUUACAGAACAAUGAGAAAGAGGGGAAAAAAGAGCGAGCUGUGGUGGACAAGGUGUUUUUUUUGAGGCUCACGCAGAUUCUGAAAAUCAUGAUCCCCAAAACAUUUUGCAAAGAGACAGGUUACUUGGUACUCAUUGCUGUUAUGCUGGUGUCUCGAACGUAUUGUGAUGUUUGGAUGAUUCAAAAUGGGACACUCAUUGAAAGUGGUAUCAUUGGUCGUAACAGAAAAGAUUUCAAGAGAUACUUAUUCAACUUCAUCGCUGCCAUGCCUCUCAUCUCUCUGGUUAAUAACUUCUUGAAGUUUGGGUUAAAUGAGCUCAAACUAUGCUUCCGAAUAAGACUGACUAAGUACCUCUAUGAGGAGUAUCUCCAAGCUUUCACAUAUUAUAAAAUGGGAAAUCUGGACAACAGAAUAGCUAAUCCAGACCAGCUGCUUACACAAGAUGUAGAAAAGUUUUGUAACAGUGUAGUUGAUCUGUAUUCAAAUCUUAGUAAGCCAUUUUUAGACAUAGUUUUGUAUAUCUUCAAGUUAACGACUGCAAUUGGAGCUCAGGGCCCAGCAAGCAUGAUGGCCUACCUGAUUGUUUCUGGGCUAUUCCUGACUCGGCUUCGAAGGCCCAUCGGCAAGAUGACAAUAACUGAGCAGAAGUUUGAAGGAGAGUACAGAUACGUUAAUUCUCGGCUGAUCACAAACAGUGAAGAAAUUGCCUUUUACAAUGGAAAUAAAAGAGAAAAGCAGACAAUCCACUCAGUCUUCCGAAAACUGGUGGAACAUCUGCAUAAUUUCAUUUUGUUUCGGUUUUCUAUGGGCUUCAUUGAUAGCAUAAUUGCCAAAUAUCUUGCCACCGUGGUUGGUUACCUGGUUGUCAGCCGUCCCUUCCUGGAUUUGUCUCAUCCUCGGCACCUCAGGAGCUCGCAUUCAGAACUCCUGGAGGAUUACUACCAAAGUGGAAGAAUGCUUUUGCGAAUGUCUCAAGCUCUGGGUCGGAUAGUUCUGGCUGGCCGUGAAAUGACUAGGUUAGCUGGUUUUACUGCCCGAAUUACAGAAUUAAUGCAAGUACUGAAGGACUUAAAUCAUGGCAAAUAUGAACGCACCAUGGUCUCGCAACAGGAAAAGGGAGAACAAGGCAUUGCCUUGAUACCUGGUGCUGGAGAAAUCAUCAAUGCAGACAACAUUAUAAAAUUUGACCAUGUUCCUUUAGCAACACCAAAUGGAGAUAUCUUGAUCCGAGACCUUAAUUUUGAAGUUCGAUCUGGGGCCAACGUUCUAAUUUGUGGUCCAAAUGGCUGUGGGAAGAGUUCACUUUUCCGUGUUCUUGGUGAAUUAUGGCCUCUUUUUGGAGGACGUCUGACUAAACCAGAGCGAGGAAAGUUAUUUUAUGUUCCCCAGAGACCUUAUAUGACCCUGGGAACACUUCGAGACCAAGUGAUAUAUCCAGAUGGAAGAGAAGAUCAGAAGAAGAAGGGGAUAUCUGACCUCGUACUGAAGGAGUACUUAGAUAAUGUCCAGCUGGGUCAUAUCCUUGAACGUGAAGGAGGCUGGGACAGUGUUCAGGAUUGGAUGGAUGUGCUCAGUGGUGGAGAGAAGCAAAGAAUGGCGAUGGCAAGAUUAUUUUAUCAUAAGCCACAGUUUGCCAUCCUGGAUGAAUGCACAAGUGCAGUCAGUGUGGAUGUGGAAGGUUACAUCUACAGUCACUGUCGAAAGGUUGGCAUCACCCUCUUCACUGUGUCGCACAGAAAGUCUCUUUGGAAACACCAUGAGUACUACCUGCACAUGGACGGCAGAGGCAAUUACGAAUUCAAACAGAUAACGGAAGAUACAGUUGAGUUUGGCUCUUAGACUCCGGAGAGCAGCACUGUACCCACUUCAGUGAAAUAACCACACAAUAUGAUUAGAAACACAAAGUACACUGUAAGAUUAUGUUGAGCUUGUUUUUUUUUUAAACAAAGCAACAAAUUAACUGGAUAUAAAAUAAUUGAGAACAAGUUGUUGAAACAUUUAAUAUUAUAUAGGAUAUUGCUAAUUGUGUAUAUGUUGGUUUAAUUAUUAAUAUGUACUAAGAAUGUCCUUAUUCUUGUGGUUAAAAAUCUGCCUAAAUUAAAUUGGGCUUAAAUCAGUGUAACCUGAUUCAUCCUGGGAUGCAAACCAUUUGAAGUCAGCUACUUUGACUUUUUGGCUCUAUCUUUUCCUUCAGUGAAGAACCCUGUUUAAAAUUGGGGUCAUCACUUGUCCUGUUCUAACAAGAUAGUCUUGAGUUUCAUUUUCUUGUGUCCCACGACAGUGGGAAGCAGAUCAUAGUGUAUUAUCAAAAUGUAUGACAUCAUUGCACAAUAGCAUUUACUACGUGGUGGCAGAUGUCUUUAGCUGCCACAGUUAAUACUCAUUCCUUGUAUGUGUCUUGGGGUGCAUUUGACUCCAGGAGAGCCAUUUGAAAUUUCUUUGGCUAAAUAAUAAAUGUGCCCCUCUCAGUUUUCAGUAUUGAGUUUUUUGAGGGUUCUUUGUGGUGAUGCAACAAAAGUGUAUGUGCAGUCUUGCCUACAAGGGAUGGUUACUAUGUUUUGCGCUUAAUCUUCCCAGUGAUUGAGAUGUUCAAACACAGAGUCUUUACAUGUCGAGCUCAAGGUCUUGUAAGAGUUUGAGAAUGUUUGAAGAAUUGGAUGGAUUUGUGUAUGUUCGAAGCCCAUUCAUUAGAAGUGUGGUGGUUACAUGGUGUUAAACUCCAGAUGAGCCAUAGGAAUGCACUACAUAAAGUUAAAGCACUGAGUAUGCAAUGUUAUCACUGUCUUCGACUGUGAUUUUAUGCUUAAAAAUAUGUUAUAAAAUUAUGCACAUGGGUGAAUUACGUUUCCUAAGGCACUGGUUUAUCUCUGUGAAUCUUUAAUGAAGUUUUUAUAUUUGGGCUAUUAUGUUGAACUGUAUCCUAAGAGAAAUCAGUUUCAUCUCACCAAGCCACCAUUAAUGACUAUGUGUAUUAUUUUCACAGGGAGAACUGAAAUUGAAUACUAUCAGUGAGCUAGAUAUGAAAUCAGUUUUAUCAAAGUGGAGUUCAAAAAGGGGCUUUUUAUAUUCUUAUUUCUGCAUAACUGGUUUUGUUUUUUUUGCAGAAUUAAUUGUAAGAAUCACUGACUACCAAAGUAAAACCUGAUGUACUGAUUCCGUAAUACAGAACAUUCAAUUUUUACCACCUCUCUUUAGCAAACUUGUAUACUUACUUAUUUUCUGUUCAGAUUAAAAAAAAAAUCACAUAUCCUGUACAA